CCCGGGUCUUACAUUUAAACGCAUGUCUAGAAAACAUUGCCUUCAUUGAAAUGAAAGAUAGUUGUCUAACAUAAUCUAUGCAUAGAUGAUCAAAUCUACCCUGAUAAUAUAAGCGUGUUUGAUCUGAAUUGAGCACCACGCGUUGAAAUGAAUAAUGCAAGGAUCUAUGAGACAGAGUCGCAUGCCCUUGAGUAGAAAGAACGCUCUAGUAUGGGAAAGUACAUUCGGUAUCAUGUAACCGAAAUGAUUUAAACACAUCACGCAUUUUAAACGAGACUGUUGUGAUCGCCGCCUCAUAAACAGUAAAGUGACAUUUUAUCAACAUAUUGGUUUUGUAAAAACAGCGCUUGUCCCUUUCAUUUUCUGUUUCUCUCACAGGAAAUGACUGUUUCAAACGACCAUGGAGAAGACACUGACCUUGAGAAGGAUAUAGCAGCUUAUAAUCGCAGUGUUCAACACCCAAAUGUUGCAGAAAGAGUACGCCAAUUGGUUUCUCCUCGCAGAAGCAAUGAACUGAAGCCACAGCAUGUUUCGUUUGCGUUCAACCCUCAAUAUUCUAUUUCCACACCAUCUUUAUCGUCAGUACCCCAGAUUAUUGUCACCAAUUCACCCUUGCAACAAUCAAAUAACUCUCAAGGCUUAGCACAAGCUAUAGCAAUGCCAAGUACUAUCGAAAGACCACAUACUUCCCCACCUGCCACUCCGACUAUGCCUAGCCCCGUAAUAUCGGAAGAUAUUGAUUAUACUCCGAGAACAUCCAUUGAAGACUAUGAACGGCAACGAAGAAAAUACAAAACAAAUUAUGUUGCAGACACGGACGACGAAGAUGAUAGAAUGUCCAACGUAGAUACUUUGUACGGCUCGGCAUCGGUGUACUCGGAAGAUGAGGAUGACGAACCGGUUGCAAGCUUUUCAUGCCGGUGCUGUCCGUCAUGGUGGCUACAGAGAUCCAAGCUGUUUCGAAGGAUUGUCACCAACGCAUUGGUUUUCAUUUUAAUCUUCGUCCCGGGCAUUGUUACGAGGCUAGUUGUCUCGAAAGAUUAUACCAUAUUGGAUAUUCCUAUUGACCGCUGGACGGAAUUUCUUUGCUUGGUUUUCUUUGGUUUGCACGUUUCCAGACUAUUCGUCUACGUAGUCCUCAAGAUAACAUGGCUAUCCACCGCUGGAAAAGCACAAGCUAGGAUUGAAAUGCUACAAUUUGUGCAAAUCAACAUUGCCCUUUGCGUCUGGUCAGUUGUAUGCUUAUCUGGCUGGCAUUACAUAAUCAAAGCACCUGCAUGUCCAGAUAAUCAAUGUGGGGAUGUAGGGAAAUUAUUUGCCAUUAUUGGUAACGCCAUUGAAAGUCUAGUCUGUGCAUGCUUUGCAUUCUGCUUAGAGCGUAUCGCAUUGACGCAGGUAUCCACAAUUUUCAAGAAGGGGGCUUAUCACGACCGAAUAGUACAGUGCCGGUUUGAGGCAGACAUGAUGGAAGCCAUGCUCAAAUGCCGACAUAUCGACCGAGUGGAGCGAAAAAUGGCCAAGUCGCAAGGCCGAAGACCAUCUGGCAGUGAUAUGUUUGAUCUGAAUGUCUCAAAUGCCAGUACGAGGCACAACUUUGGCCAAGUUCUAAAGUCGCAGCCAGAAUACCCAUCUCAACUUGUUCACUGUUCAUCAGAAUCACAAUUUGGAGCAGCACCAUCGAUUGCAACCAGAAUAAGCGUAGAGCUUGAAGAAAAACUGCGAAAGCCUUCAAAGGCUGGUUUAAUUAUUCCAGAAUGUCUCCUUGACGGAAACAGUAGUCAGUAUGGGGAUCGGAAACCAGCAAAUAUCAAUAUGACACAGAUGGCAAAGUACAUUCGCCAAAUUCGCAGCAAAAAAUUACUCAAUGUGAUUGGAUCAAUAGAAGAUUCAAACAAGUAUGCCAAGAAGAUCUUUUUCCGAAUAUGCCCCCGAAACAGAGCCUAUAUAGUACCAGAUGACUUUCAGAGAGUUUUCCAUUCAAAGCAUACUCAAGAAUUUGCCUUCCAAUUGCUGGACAAAGAUAUGGAUGGCAAAAUUACUUUAACAGAUAUGCGGGAAGCCGUAAGACGGACGUAUAAGGAAAGAAGAAACUUGGCAAAAACGUUAUCGGAUCUAGAGAGCGCAAUUCACAAACUUGAUAUCAUCUUCAAGACCAUAACUACAGUGCUGCUGCUGCUGGUGACCAUGUUGGUGUUUGAGGUCAGCGUUGUCAGUAUUAUCGCCUCAUUUUCUUCGGUGUUUGUGAGCAUGGCGUUUAUACUGGGUAAUUCGGCCAAAAAUGCUUUUGACUGCCUAGUCUUUCUUUUCAUUGUGCAUCCAUUCGACGUCGGAGAUCGCAUCAUUCUGGACAACAGAAUUUAUAUAAUCCACAAAUUACAUAUAUUAACAACAGUGCUUGAGAGAGGUGAUGGCCUGUACUUUUAUGUUGCAAAUCAUAUCCUUGCUCAGCAGUUCAUCGCCAACAUCAGGCGUUCAGGUGACAUGGUGGAGGAGAUUCGACUUGACUGCAACAAAUUAACGUCAGCUGCCCAAAUAUACGCUUUGAGAACCAGCCUUGGAGAGUUCAUUACUCGCGACUCCGAAAUUGCCGACUACCGAAGUGCAGAUAUUAUCAUCGAUGGUGUUCUUGAUGGAUAUAGGUUGCGUAUCAAUAUUCAAAUGACUUGUCGAGGAAACUUCCAAGACGCAACCCGCAAGAACCGCCGUAAAGUCCGUCUGUUCCUAUUCUUGCAAGACCAGAUUCGUGAUAUUGGAAUAGACUGUCGCCCAAUGACAGUAGUGGACUCAUCCAUAAUACAGGAAUAUGACAAGUACCAGGCCGCUGACCCAGUCAUAAGCGAAGCUCAAAAAAUAGCCCAAUCUGUCCGAGGCUAAUCGUAGGCUUUAUCUUAACCCCUAUUGUAUGCUCAUUUUUCAUUACCUUGUAUAAUAAUGGCACUAUCGUCCAAGUAUACCACAUUUGUGCCAUGUUUAACUAUUUCUACGGUUACUGGUCAUAAGCAAUCGAUUCGCAUAUUUCAUAAACUUCAGCAUCUUUCUCCUACUCCAUCAAGUAUAGCGUACAGCACACAGUGGGGUUUG